AUGCCCUCCGAUAAAGGUCAUGAUACUAAUGGCCAUGGCCAUAUCCAGAGCCCCUUCGAUGAUCGCUAUAGAUUUGAUCAAGUACAUACUAGUCUGCAAGACAAUCCUAGUGUACCGCUGUCUUCUGAGAUGCGUGCAUCUUCACGUCGUCAUAACACUUCUGCUUCCGGUGAACUUAGCUUUGGAACACUAGGUGAAUUACCUUCUGAUAAAUAUCCUAGGUUGACCAACGAAGUCGACCAAGAUUCGGACUCUGUUAGUGGAGACUCGGAUAGUAUCGAAGGAACACCCGCUAUCCAUCAAAGCGGUAAGUUUGAGUCAAUCAAUUUAAAGCAGGCUCAUGUUAAUUUUACGGAAACUUCUGAGCUUCCGGAUUCUUCCGUAUCCCUAGGAAAUGUUUUCGGCACUUCCAGCACUUCCAGCACUUCCAGCUCACAUCCGAAAAGAACUAGAACUUUGUUUCGUCGUGAUCGUUGGGGUACACAGCGUAAAAAAAAUGGGAAACCUAUUCGUAAGGGAACCCUCCAUCGUGGGAGAACGUUGAGAGGAACACUACGAAGAAUCCCUCAUGCCAAAAGGCUUUUUAGUGGUUCUGCACAAGACGCUGAUGAGGACGAAGGAUUGGCGAACGGUGGUCCUUCUACAAAGGACGAAACGGACAGGUCCGAUGAGAAGCGUAAUGUGUUCUGGAACACUUCACUACCUGAAACAGAGUUGGAUGAAGAUGGAAACAUUCCUGAGUAUCCUAGAAACAAAAUAAGAACUACCAAGUAUACACCACUUAGUUUCGUCCCGAAGAAUUUGUUCUUUCAGUUCAAGAACGUUGCAAAUAUCUAUUUCCUUACGAUGAUUGUUCUUGGUUUCUUCAACAUCUUUGGUGUGCCAAACCCAGCAAUGUCUGCAGUACCUUUGAUUGUUAUUGUGUGUAUAACGGCAUUUAAAGAUGCAUUGGAAGACUCCCGAAGAACUGUUAGUGAUAUGCAGAUCAACAAUAUGGUCACACAUGUCGCUCAAGGUGUCGACAACCCGAAUUUUAACGGUGAGGAUAUCAGUCUGUGGAGAAAGUUCAAGAAGCUCAACUCCAGACUGGUUCUCAAAAUCAUCCGUAAGCUCAAGAACCAGCAAGAGACCAACCCCUUGGAAUACAACGGUGGUCCCAGGAAGUCGUUGGAUAGUUUUGACUACCGUCAUAGUGCUGAUUUUGCUACUGAGAGCAACCUUUCCGUUGCCACCGAUCCAUUUGGAGACGUCCAUGCUUACGAUUCCCGUGAAGAUGUUUUGUCUUCCCAGGACAAGUUUAGCCCACAGGUGAAGCCAUUUACGGCACCAAUUGAUCCCAAUACUAUUGAAAUACACCCAACUUUCAAGCGUGAUUACUGGAAGAGCGUGCACGUGGGUGAUAUAGUAAAGAUAAAAAAUGAUGAUCAAGUUCCUGUCGAUAUUGUGAUAUUGGCCACGUCCGAUUCCGAUGGUGGAUGCUACGUGGAGACCAAGAAUCUCGAUGGCGAGACGAAUUUGAAGGUUAAACAGGCGUUGAAAUGCUCCUCAUCUUACAUCCGUAAUGCCGAUGAUUUGGCACGCUGUAAGUUCUGGCUCGAAAGUGAAGGCCCAAAAGCAAACUUGUACAGCUAUGAGGGUAAUCUACAGUACUAUGUGAAUGGAAAUGAGAACAAUGAGCUUUCAAAUGAGCCCGUGACGAUCAAUAACCUUCUUCUUAGAGGAUGUUCUCUUCGAAACACUAAAUGGGUGGUAGGAAUUGUGGCUUUCACUGGUCCUGAUACCAAGAUCAUGCUUAAUUCCGGCAUUACACCAACCAAACGGUCACGUAUUUCCCGUGAAUUGAACUGGGAGGUUGUGUUGAAUUUCAUUCUCUUGUUCGUCCUCUGUUUCAUCUCUGGUCUUAUGAAUGGUCUUUUCUAUAAACAGCCCAGCAAUUCAGCUCAAUACUUUGAGUAUGGUGCCAUUGCUGGUGCUCCUGUGACGAAUGGUAUAGUGGGAUUUUUCGUGUCUCUUAUUUUAUAUCAGUCACUUGUUCCUAUUUCUCUUUACAUUUCCAUCGAAAUCAUUAAGACUGCUCAGGCCUUCUUCAUAUAUUCCGAUGUCAAUAUGUAUAACGAGAGACUUGACUAUCCAUGUGUGCCAAAGUCGUGGAAUAUAUCUGAUGAUUUGGGCCAGAUUGAGUACAUAUUCUCUGACAAGACAGGAACUCUAACUCAAAAUAUCAUGGAAUUCAAAAAGUGCACAAUCAACGGCAAGAUUUAUGGUCGUGCCUAUACUGAGGCAUAUGCCGAUAUCAGACGUAGACAGGGAGUUGAUGUGGAAGAAGAGGCUGUUCGGGAAAAGAAGGAGAUUGCUGAGGAUAAGGCUGAUAUGAUCUCUAUCCUGCAAAAUUUGAACAAAAAAGCGAUUGACGAGAAAGAUUUGGAUGAGAAUUUGACAUUUGUGUCGAAGACUUUCGCCGAAGAUCUCAAGGGUGACAGUGGAGAUGACCAGAAGCUCGAUGUGGAGAAUUUCUCACUGGCCCUUGCUCUCUGUCAUAGUGUCCUUACUGAGAAGUCCAGGAAGCCACCAUUCAAGACGGAAUUUAGGGCCCAGAGUCCAGAUGAAUCUGCAUUAGUUAGUACUGCACGUGAUGUGGGAUUCACCUUUGUGGAUAGAACGAAAUCCGGCAUUAUAUUGGACGUUCAAGGUGUUCAGACGGAGUACCAGAUCCUCAACAUAUUGGAGUUCAAUUCUACGAGAAAGAGAAUGAGUGUGAUCAUUAAAGUUCCCUCUGCCAACCCGGACGAACCUCCCAAGGUUAUGCUCAUUUGUAAAGGUGCUGAUUCCGUUAUUUUUUCACGUUUAAGCUCCAAGAAUUCUUCUGAACUACUUGAGAAGACAGCUAUUCAUUUAGAGCAGUUUGCCACCGAGGGUCUUCGUACACUUUGUGUUGCCCAAAGGGAGCUUUCCUGGGAAAAGUAUGAGGAAUGGAAUGAACGCCACAACAUCGCUGCUUCGUCGUUGGUGGAUCGUGAGUCCAAGAUUGAAGAGGUUGCCUCAGAGAUUGAGCAGGAGCUCUUCCUUUUGGGAGGAACAGCUAUUGAGGAUCGUUUACAAGAUGGAGUUCCGGAAUCCAUCCAAUUGUUGGCUAGAGCAGGUAUCAAGCUUUGGGUUCUAACUGGUGACAAGGUAGAGACAGCCAUCAAUAUUGGAUUCUCGUGUAAUUUGCUCGAGAACAGUAUGAAUUUGUUGGUAAUCAAAACAUCGGGUGAUGACAUUCAGAAGAUGUUUGAUCCGCAAAAAUGGAGAGAGAUUGGUGAUGACAGGUCUGCCGUGGUUUCAACGUUGAUUGGUAAGUAUCUCAUGGAGAGCUUUGGUAUGGAAGGUACGGAGGAGGAAUUGGAGAAGGAGAAGAAUAUACAUAAACCUCCAAGUGGUAACUUUGGUAUUGUGAUAGAUGGAGAUGCUCUUAAAAUGGCUCUUUCGGAUGAGAUUCAGAUCAAGUUCUUAUUGCUUUGCAAGCAGUGUAAGGCAGUGUUAUGCUGUCGUGUUUCUCCAGCUCAGAAAGCUGCCGUGGUGCAACUGGUUAAGGAGAAGUUAGAAGUGAUGACUCUUGCCAUUGGAGAUGGAUCCAAUGAUGUGGCCAUGAUCCAGGCAGCAAAUGUGGGUGUUGGUAUCGCUGGUGAAGAAGGUACGCAGGCAGCCAUGUCUUCAGACUAUGCUAUUGCUCAGUUCCGGUAUCUUACACGGUUGGUAAUUGUUCAUGGUCGUUGGUCGUACAAGAGACUCUCAGAGAUGAUCCCUGCAUUUUUCUAUAAGAAUGUGGUGUUCACGCUUGCCUUGUUUUGGUACGGAAUUUACAAUAACUUUGACGGAACCUACUUGUUUGAGUAUACCUUUUUGACUUUCUACAAUUUGGCAUUCACAUCCUUGCCGGUGAUCUUCCUUGGUAUCUUCGAUCAGGAUGUAGACGAUCGUAUCUGUUUCUUGGUUCCACAAUUAUACAGAAGCGGUAUUCUUCGGCAAGAUUGGAACGUUCAAAAGUUUGUCUGGUAUAUGAUUGAUGGUUUUUACCAAUCGUUGAUCUGUUACUAUUUACCUUAUUUUCUCUAUUACAGAGCCAUUUAUGUUGCUGGAAGCGGAUUGCCCUUGAAUCAUCGUUUUCUUAUGGGUUUGCUCGUUUCCACUAUAGCAAUUACUUCUUGUGAUUUCUACGUGUUAGCACACCAGAAGCGUUGGGAUUGGCUCUCUGUACUCAUUACCUCGUUAUCGAUCCUUAUUACGUUUGGUUGGACUGGUGUUUGGUCUUCUUCACUUACUAGUGGAAUUUUCUAUAAGGCAGCUGAUCAGGCUUAUUCAGCGGUGUCGUUCUGGGCCUGCUUUUUUGUUGGUUGUUUGAUCUGUAUGAUGCCUAGAUUUUGUUAUGACUUUGUUUCUUCUGCUGUGGCGCCUAAGGACAUUGAUCUCGUGAGAGAGCAGGUGUCUCUUGGUGUCUAUGACAGAUAUCCUGAAGGAUACGAUCCUACGGAUCCGGAUAGACCUCAUAUGACAAAAGUUGAUACUCUUUCUGAGUAUGAACUGAGCGGCUCCAAAGGAUCCAAAGGAUCCAAUGGAUUGUCGUAUCCCUCACCGGUUUAUCAGGUUCCUCGAAGAUCAGUGUUUUCGAGAUUAUUCGGCAAAACGAAAUCUUUUCCAGCCAAUGCCUCUAUGGAUUCGCUAGCCACAGAGGAGAUCGAACUAGAUUUUUCCUCGCCGCAAAGUCGAUAUCAAAGGAAGCUUGAUGACAAUGAGCAUCUUGAUAUUUCUGAUAGAGCCAAAUCAUUGGAAAGAACGAGAACUUCUAUGGAAUACAGCAGAACGGGAGAGGGUAACGGAAGAGGAGCUAGUAUGGACAGGGUGAGAACCAGUUUGGACCUUCCGGGUAUCACUACUGCUCACUCGUUGAUUGAGAGAUUGUCUAAAUGA